AUGUCAGCAAGAAAACUUAAUCAUCAGAUAUUAGUAUUUGUAUAUGGUACAUUAAAGCAAGGUGAGCCUAAUGCGGCGAUUAUGACUGAUCUCACAUUCGGAAAACAGAAAUUCUUAGGUAAAGGGAAAACAGUCAAGAAAUAUCCUCUUAUAGUCGCGUCUCGGUUCAACAUACCCUUUUGUUUAGAUCAGCCUGGCAUCGGUCAUAAUUAUUCUGGUCAUCAUCUUCUGAAACUCAUUACUGUCAAGCAUUUGCAGCAUGUAACUGGAGAAGUAUAUCAAGUUGAUGAAAAGAAAUUAAUAGUACUAGAUGAAUUUGAAGCGCAUCCAUCUUUUUACGAGAGGAAAUUGCGAGAGGUUAAAAUGGACUGCAGUGGUGCAGUGCUAAAAGCAUGGAUUUAUUUGUUAACAAAAUGGAAAUCAAGCUUACUUCAAGAAUGUAGCACAUACUUAGAAACUUACAAUUCAGAUGGGCCACAUUUUCGACCAUACAUCAAAAGCUAUUUUGGUGUUGGUUUAUGUGGAGCAUUAGAUAAGAAAUUGAACGAGUAA